AUGGCCACGCCCCACAUCUCCAGUCGCGAUCCGGAAUCGGUAUUUGAGCUGAUCAAGCAGAUUGGCUCCGGCAGCUAUGGCAGCGUUCACAAGGCUCGUAUAAUCAAAUCGGGCAAGUCAGCAGCCGUCAAGAUGAUCAACAUGGAGGAUGGUGAUGAGCUCGAGGAUGUGCAAAACGAGAUUCGCAUGCUUGAAUCGUGCAAGCACGACAACAUUGUGGCUUACUUUGGUGCCUUCCAACGCGGUCACACCAUGUGGAUUGCCAUGGAAUACUGCGGCGGCGGCUCAGUCUCAGACAUCUACAACAAAAACUGCACUCCCCUCGAGGAAGACGUUAUUGCUCACAUUACCUUCUACUCUCUCCUCGGCCUGGAAUAUCUGCAUCAGUCGCACCUUGUGCAUCGUGAUAUCAAGGGUGGCAACAUUCUCCUCACCGAGGACGGCUGCGUCAAGCUGGCAGAUUUGGGUGUCUCUGCUCAACUCACCUCCACCUUGGCCAAGCGCAAGUCCUUCAUCGGCACACCAUACUGGAUUGCGCCCGAAAUUAUCGCGGUCGAAAUGAAGAUGGGGCCGGAUGGCUAUACCAGCCGCUGCGACGUCUGGUCCAUGGGCAUCACCUGCAUCGAAAUGGCCGAGAUGCAGCCACCAAUGUUUGACCUCCAUCCCAUGCGCGCCCUCUACUUGAUCCCCAAAAAUCCUCCUCCCAAGCUGACGGACAAGUCGCGAUGGUCCAAGGACUUUCGCGAGUUUAUCAAGGCUACCCUCGUCAAGAACCCUCAGAAGCGUCCCAGUGCAGGUGCUUUGACCAAGGUACGAGAUGCUGUCUCCGUCCAUACACACACGCAAACGGACAUGGCGCUGGAAAGUAACCAAACGCUAUCACUCAACUCGUGUGUUUCAACAGCACUCCUUCUUCAAGCAGAUUCGCAACAACCCCAAGCGCCUUCAGCAGCUCGUGACUGGCAUGCAGGGCGGUAA